UGGACGAGACAGGAACUAAACAAGGGCGCGAGGAGAAGGAGAGCUGAAUUUAUUGCUUUUUACUCAUUUUUGUGUGAUUUAUUUUUGGUUUAUUUAUGGGCAUCGACAUCAGUAGAAACUGUAAGAGAGAAGGACCACCUGCUCAGCGUCGACUCAGUCAUGGGUUCUUCUCAAACGUGGGCGUCUCCAUCACUCACAGACUCGGACACUCGGCUGUGUUUUCUCGGCCUGCCGGACCGGACUGCAGACCCAAAGUCCCCAAAGUCCUGCUGCCUCCAGAGGACACAGAGACCACUCCUCCAUCAGCUUCCAUCUCCGUCUUCCUGCCCGAGUUCCCACAGCAUAAACUACCUGGACGAGACCAUUUCCAGAUCCUGGGCUUCAUAGCCAAAGGCUCAUAUGGACCCAUCCUGAAAGUGAAGGACGUUUUCAAAGAGAAGACGUAUGCUGUUAAGGUUCUACCAAAGUCAGACAUCUUGAAGCAUGGAGUGCUGGAGCAGUCAAAAGAAGAAGUCAUCAUUCAGCGGCAGCUCAAACACCCAUUCAUCCACAAUCUGCAGAACUGCUGGCAGACACAGCGUCAUCUCUUCAUUAUGUGCGACUACUGCAGCACCGGAGACUUGUACACUUACUGGUUACUGAAGGGCCGGUUUGGGGAGGAUGAGGUUCGGCUCUUUGCUGCAGAGCUGGGCAGUGCGCUGGGAUUUCUGCAUGACUUAGGGAUCAUACAUAGAGAUAUAAAGAUGGAAAACAUUCUAUUAAGUGAUCAAGGUCACCUUCGUCUGUCUGAUUUUGGACUCUCGCGGCGGCUGAAACGAGGAGGAAAAGCGUUUACGAUAUGUGGGACGAUCCAAUACAUGGCUCCUGAAGUUUUAAGUGGGGGUCCGUACAACCACGCUGCUGACUGGUGGUCUUUAGGCAUUAUGUUGUUCUCACUGGUGACAGGAGAGUUUCCAGUACCCGCAGAGCCAGACCACAGCACCAUGUUGAACAAGGUCACAGACUUUCCUUAUGUCCUACCUGAGACCUUCAGCUCCUCUCUGAUCGUACUGCUCACUGAGCUUUUGUGCAAGGAUCCAGUGAAUCGGCUUCGUAACCUGGAGUGUUUUAAGAUGCAGGCCUUCUUUCGCGGCACUUCAUUCGACUCUCUCAUCCUUCAGAAGACGCCGGUCGAAGUGAUCCUGGAGCUCAGGACUCAUCCUGAUUGGGCAGCCAAAGCAAUGAGAGGCCUUUCCUUGGACUACUUUGAGAACUUUGACUGUGAUAAAAUCCUUUAUUCUCCUACAACUCCUACUGAACUGUCUCCAACGUUGGCCACAGACCUGAGCCCGGCUACAGAGCAGGCUUGUAAAGCAUAAGACCGGACUAUGUUUCUGAAGAAGUUGACUGGAAAUGAGAACCCUAGCCAAUAAUGAAUAUUUCUAUGAUAUAACAAAGUCACCCCUUAGACUUACUUUUAUAUUUUUAAUGCUGCAUUUUUGAUGUCAGUACAUAAUGAAGCAAAGUUUACCUUUAAAUUAUUAGCAUUAUUAGUUUGUUUAUUUACAGUAUUGAAAAUCUGUGAAAUAAUUUCAUGAGGUUUCUCCAUAAAAUUUUGAAUGAAACUUUUGUAAGCAAACAUUUUGCACUUCUUGGUACGGUUAAAAUUUGUGAGCUGUGUGCAUCUUUGAUUUCCCUGCUCUCACAUGCACUUUGAAUAUUACCUUAUUACCAAAAGUAGUCUGGGUAUAUGUGUUUCAUUAUACACUCAAAUAAUAAUGGUAUAUUUCUGUGCUUCUUCAUUGUUGUCAUUGAAUCCUCGUACAAGUGUGAAUUGUGUUUUAUUGUAUAAAUGGUCAAAAUCAAACAUAUUUGUCUUGUACUGCAACAUUCUUAUAAUAUGCCCUUAAACUUACUUUGUAAAGAACAUUAGUUUGACAGUAAAAAAAAAAGAAGAAAAAUCUUAACUCAAGGUCCACCUAGCUUUUUCCAGAGCUUUCAGUUGCAUCACAUGGUCUUUCUCAACAGAAGUGGUAUACAUAUAGUGUUAU